AUGCGAACAAAAAGGGAAAAAGUGAAGCUGUUUGAAACAACCCCCAAUAUCAUACCUCCGUAUACUCUUACUGUAUCAAAAACCCAAAAUAAUGAGAUAAAAGUAUUGUUACCAAAAAAGUCAAACAUAAAAGUUUCAAAGAAGAUUAGUUUAAAAGAACCUCAUGUCGACCUUGUGUCCAAAUUUUCUUUACAGCAAAAGCAGGCCGACACUGCGUCCAAAUCUUCUUUAUUGCGAAGUCACGCCGACAGUGCGUUCAAAAGUUUGUUACCGAAAAGUAAAACCGAGACUGCUUCCAAGUUAGUAACCUCUCAUAAAAUAAAAGCAGAAGGGGCGAUAAGAUACGAUAUAUCAAAGAACAAGACAUUUCAAAAACUUCGACUCAAUUCGAAAACUGGAAAAAAAAACAACAUGAAUAUAAUGACGAAUAAAUCUAAUUUGAAAAGUGGUGUGAAAGAAAAAGUUUCUUCACAAUAUAAAAAGAAAUCAGUUUUUUUUUUUCACAACGUAAUAAACGACCCAAAACCAGAGUGGUUAACGGCAACCUUACAAAGAAUGCAGCAUAAUGAAGAACCAUAUAAUAGUUUAAUUUUAGGCAAUAAUCCUUAUACAUACUACCACCUGAUUGAUUACCUUAGUUCUGAGUUGCAGUGUAAACAAAGUUAUUUUCCGUUUACCCACUGUUAUAAAGAACAAAAACCAAACCGUUCUUUACUGGAAGGGCGCUUUCAUCGAUACCUUGGUUCUAGUGAUCUUAAAUUACAAAAAGAAAAAAUUAUUUGUACGAGCUCAUUAUCUUCUUCGUUCAUGAAUGAACAACCUCAAUUAUCCUAUGCAUUUGAUACAACGUCUCCGUAUGAUUUGUUAGAUACAACAUUAAAAAUAUUGACACCGUCAUAUGAUGAUACCCAAAAAAAAAAGUGUCAAAAGGUAUCCACGCAUGCAACGACGCUUAUCUUUGAUAAAGUUCAAUUGAUUGGUAAAUUUCCAAUAACUCUAGGAGAAAACACAAAACUUAAUCCCUACGUUUGUCUUCAUGCUCUUCGUGGUCCCAUUCAAAUAGGUGACUCAAAUGUUCUGGAAGAAUUCGUUACCCUGCGUAACAAUUGUUCAGAACCAUUAGUCAUUGGUCAUAAUAAUAUAAUUCGAUGUCACGCAUAUAUUUCGAAUGGAACACAAAUAGGAAAUUUUAAUGAAAUUGGAUACGCAACUCUUCUCCAAGAUAAAACGGUUAUAGAAAAUCAUUGUAUAGUUGCCCAAGGCUCCCACCUCACUUGCGAAACUAUAAGUUCAGAUUCUGUUGUGUUCGGACGAGAUACAUUGAUCAAACGUACUAGUUUAAAUGACUUGAACGGUAUUAAAUUAGCGAAAUCACCCUUAUUGGCGACCUUUGUUUCUAAUUAAUUUUCUUUUUUUUUAUUUCAAAUUUACUCUAACAUUGUUGAUAUCCUAGCAAUACUUAAUUUUUUGAAUCCCCGGUGCUGCAAACUCUUUUAAUUUUUUUUUAAAAUAAGUUAUGCACCGGCAAAUUUUUUUUUUAAAGCUUUUACAUAACUUUUAGUUUUCUUGAAAAGUACAACUAUUGUGACUUUGUUGAACUUAUGACAUUUUUCACAAAUGUCUAUCUACGCCCUGGAUUCCUUAAUACACUAUUGAACGACCGUAUUUCCUACUGCCAUAGCGAUAUUUGAAUGACCAUCUCUCUUUUUUCAUUCAAGACCGCUUAGUACACUCAACAAGCCACCCUUUGUUGCUUCGCACACAUUAUAAGGCAUUCACGUCAUUUUUCCCAUCUUUUUUUAUUAUAUUUUUCAAUUUUUUUCCUACUAUCCAGAUUUCCGAA